AUGCCCCCUUACACUACCCAUCAGCGCAGGGAGCAUCUGACUGCCAAUGAUAGGCGAGAAUCCCCUGUGACCCCUGCUGUCACAGGCAUCGAGUACCCUUUCGACGACGCUUCCACCACAGACGUCGACUCUCGCCCACGCGGUCACCAGCCCCAGUUCUACACCCUGCCCAACAUAGCAGCCUCAAGCCUCGACGACGCCAUCGAGCCCCCCUCGACGUCGUCACUCGACCAUGUCUGGAACUCAAUCCGCAAUGACAAGUCGAAACGCAUGGCCAAGGAGAAGCCCAAAGUUCAGUCGCUCGAAGAAAUAACCCAGGAGCUUCUCCACCUCGACACACACCCUGGUCCUCCCCUCCAUAUCCCUGUCAUCGAGUCCCAUAAUGGGUCGGUACCGAAAUCCCUCAAGAAGCAUAGGUCAAUGUACGCUUCUCUCUCUCCCGGCUGGCGAUCUAAUUUCCGAGAAUCAACAGACGGCCGAUCGAUGGUGGCUACUUUUGAAAUGCCCCCAGAGGUUGCGAAACAGGACAUUCAUAUCAGCUUCCAACGAAACAGACUCGUCAUAACCUGGAGCUAUGCUGAGAUUGUAGAGUGGAAGGAGGCAGGCGUGUUCAACAGAGAGAGAACGGAGAAGUACUACAACAGGACCUUGCCCCUUCCGGAGGGUACGAGGUUCGAGGAAAUCCAUGCUCAAAUGACCAGCCGGGGGCUGAUUCUGAGAUACCCAAACCUGCGCUCUUACCGCGUCGACGGCCGCACUCGAUCUGGAGACUCAUAA